AUCAUUUGACAUUUUCAGAUGUUGACUGAAUUACAAAUUUGUGACAGACACCCAGAGAGAUGAACAGUGGUCAUGGCCAUCAGUGUGGGAUGCUGACACCUGUGCACACCCGCAGGCUUUCAAAUGGGUGGUGUCAGAUGAAGGGGGGAGAUUGCGUAAACUGUGGGGUGAGCACAUCAGCCCUGCGUAGCGAGGUAGAGGUGCUCAAGAGGCGGCUGUUGGAUCGAGACGUGGCCAUAGUACAGCUGGAGACGCAGAUGGCACAGGAUAGGCCAGACCAUUUCCCUCAGGGCCAGGUGGCUGUACUCAGGGCACAAUGUGACCAUUGGCAAGACAAAUAUGACAGACUUCUUGAAGCCCACAAGAGACUACAAAAGGUUAAUCAGGGCCUAGAGGACAAACUAUUGCGUCUAGUUGACCGCACAGAGAGUGAGAAGUCUAGUUUGGCUGCGGACACAGCUAGCCUCACCACUGCUCUAACAACAGCUGCUCAAGCAAUCAAUAGAUUAAAACAAGAAAAUGAUAGAUACAAGAAUGACUUGAAUUUAGCCAUUCAACUUCUACAGUGUAAUCCAUCCAAAUAUGCAGCUCACAAGCUGGAUUCUCUUCCAUCAGACCUGCAAAAGAAGGCAAAGUCUCGCCUGGCCAAGGAGCCCAGAGAUGCCCCCAAGCCAGAAAUGAAGGUCAUUAAAGUUCCUAUUCCUACCUUCCCCCCAACAGCAAUGGUCUACUCAGUUAAUAAAUAUGCAGAGGAGAAUGAGAAAGAGCAAGAGGUGGACUCUGUUUCAGCUGCCAUUAUGGCUGCUGUGUUAGAAGAGCGGCAGCGUGAAAGGGCCAGGCGCCACUGCUCAUCCUGCACCUGCGGCUCGCUCAAAACUGACACGGGUGAGAGCAUCCUAGGUGAUAACACUCACUUGGAGGACUUACAGGAAAUCAAUGGUAAUGGAAAUGGCAACAUCUUGCUAGAGGAGGGUAGUGAUAGGGAGGACCAUAAAAAGAACAGGCUUACUGGGUUCAAGGUCAGUGUGGUGGAUGUAGGGACUCAGAUGUUUCCUUCAUAUAUAGGGGAAACAGGGAAGGUACAGUCAACCUGUAUAUACUGUCAGUCAUCCAAAAAUGUGUCUCAAGAAAAGUUAUCAACACUUGAACACACAGUAGGGAAAAGCAAGGCAAUGAGCCUGAUGCAACACUCAAGAUCCAGAAGUCAGCCAGUCAACCAAGUCAACUCUCCAUCUGAAGAAGAGAACUCACCAAGAAGUGUUCAUCCCUCUUCUCCAGACAGUGUAUUGAAAAGCCCGACCUUCAGGACACACUCAAGAAGUGCUUGGGACUGGGCUGCAGAAGGCCAUGACUCAGGGACUCCCUCCACCCCAUCAUCCCUAAUCAGUGCUUCCUUGAGUUAUGAAAGUGAGACAAGCAAUGUCUCUCCUCAAGACUCCCCAGGUCGACUCUCUUUGGUUCCUUCGAGAUCACAGCAUGGGAAACCAAUGACUGUGCAGAGUAGUGACAUUCAUAAAGCCUCAAAGCAAAAUGAUAACGGGAAUAAUACCCCACAUUUGUUAAAACAGCAAGGAUUGAAAGAUUUUGAGGCAGCUAUAUCACCUUAUCAUAGUUCUAGUUUAAAUACAACAACAAAUGUAUCCAGUUCAACAACACAGUCUUCAGGUCCAAUGACACAAGCCAACAAUUCAGGCAGUUUUGUAUACAUGUCGAAAAGAACAUCCUCUCAGUAUAUGGGCCAUACUCCCUCUCCAAUCCUGAGUAACCACUGUAGUUCAGGCAGCAAACCAAAUCCCUGCUACACACCUUCCUCUCCUGUCACCUACAAAGUCCCGUUCAAUGCUCGAUCACCACACCAGGAUGUUUUCACACCUCCAAUUCACAGAUCUCCUCCUCACCCCCGAGUUCCAAGGGAAAACACCAUACGCAGAGACUCCUCCACAGAUGUUGUUGCUUCCAGCAUGACAACAGCCUCCAAUACAGAAACUACAUUGUAACUGAUUGAAACUUGUGACAAAUACUUAACAUUUAUCUGAACUUGGACUACAAUAUAUAUUUUGAUAUUCUCCUGUACUUCUUACUAUGUGUAAUAUCAUGAUAAAGGAAACUUCAGAGUUGUAAACUGACCAAGCUCUAACUGAUCAUAUACAGGGGGUUCCCUGUAAUUCAUUACCCUUUUAAUUACUAUUUGAUUCUUGGCCAGAAUUUUGUGGCAAGCAGCAAGAACAUUUGGUGCUCAGUAGAAUCUGUAGUACUAUUUGAGACCAAUAAUACAUAGCAAGAAUAAACUCCUGGAAAGUAAAUAGCCAUGCUCAUACUCCCAAUUGUCAACAACAUAGUGACAGGUGCAUGUGGUUAGGCUUAUGCUGAAGGGAAUGGGAGGGAAUCGUCAACUUUAUUGCCAUACAUUUCUUCCAAUUCAGACUUAAGUCAGUGCCAAGUGAAGUAAGAAUUGUGUGUGCCAGAGAUGAAUGGAGGGAAACAGUCACUUCAUUUUCUACAUGAUGUCUUUUAUAGAAUAAAUUGAGAAUUGUAAAUUUUUUCUUAGCCUCAUGAGACUAAGGAGGAAGAACAACUACUCAGUCCAUUAUUUAAAGGGCAUUCUAUAGAAAAUGGAUGAUUUAAAGGGCAUUCUAUAGAAAAUGAAUGAUUCCCGCCAAUCCACUUUCAGCACUAUUAAUUCUACUUUUGGAAGUCACUAUCAAGUUGGAGGAAGUGGAUGAAUACAAUGAUGAUCCUCUCAUCCACAUCCAUAAAGAUCUAUUUAUCACAGCUUGAUGCUUUGUUGUCUUCAGUGGGGAGUUUUAUAAUUGUGUUUACUCUCCUGAAGUUUGCUUUUGUAUAUAGCCUAUUCGGAUACAUGCCUCUAGUCAACCAUGCUACAUGUUUGUAAUGUAGUAUCAAUAUAUUUUGUUUCUUUUUUGUCCCAUUUUUUAGGCCCUAUUAACAAAUAAUGAUGAGGAUCCUCUGUAGUUAUUCUUCAUCAUAUAUUUCUUUACUCUUUUUUUCUUAUUUUUAAAUGUUAAUUUGUAAAUAGAAUAUCAGAAUUUGCUGUGUGGUGCUGGCAGUUUCUUUUUAUUUUAUACAUACAUUCUAGAGGGAAUAUGAAUGUAAGAAAGUAAUGAAAACAAUAGGAAUAUAUAAAUGUUUGUGUCUGAGUAAAUAAUAAGAAAUAGAUUUAUUGGUUUUAGGUACUCAUGAUACUGGCGCACUGGAAGAGUUAUUAAUAGGGGAUGUACCAUUUGAGUGACAGUGAUCAAAAUUGCUUUAGUGGUUUGUAUGAGUGAAUUCCAUUAGAUAUUGCUAACAAGAGUUAAAGAAGAUUAAAAUGUACACUCUCUCUCUCCCUCUUACAAACAAACAAACAAACA